GGUACCCUCACCUCCCUUCCGCAGUCCCCACCUGAGCACGACCCCCAAAAGCAGCGAACGGAAACACGACACAAUCCCCCCUUCCUCUGUCCCCGCAAUCGGAAACCCCAAUUUACUUUUUCAAUCUCGAUCCAUCUCGUCCCUCAUCCGACCCCCUCUCUCUUUUUUCGUGGUUGGAGGUAUCCGAUCCGAUUUAAUCGGAAAAAUUCGGGAGCAGAAGGAGAGCCCUAAUUCUCCCAGCUUCGGAUCGAGAGGGGAACGAUGAACGACGCCGAUGUAUCGAAGCAGAUCCAGCAGAUGGUCCGAUUCAUUCGGCAGGAGGCCGAGGAGAAAGCCAACGAGAUCUCUGUCUCUGCUGAAGAGGAAUUUAACAUAGAAAAACUACAGCUUGUUGAAGCUGAAAAAAGGAAAAUCCGUCAAGAAUACGAGCGGAAGGAAAAGCAGGUUGAUGUCCGUAGAAAAAUUGAAUACUCCAUGCAGUUAAAUGCAUCACGUAUCAAAGUUUUGCAAGCCCAAGAUGAUUUGGUGAAUUCCAUGAAAGAGUCUGCUAGCAAGGAGCUUCUACGAGUUUCUGAGAAUUCUAGUGCUUACCAGAAACUUCUAAAGGACUUGAUUGUUCAGAGUUUACUGCGACUGAAAGAGCCAUCUCUACUGCUGCGCUGUAGAGAGAUGGACAGUGAACUGGUAAAUUCAAUCUUGGAUGCUGCGAAACAAGAAUAUGCGGAGAAAGCUAAAGUUCAUCCUCCUAAAGUUACUGUUGAUGAGCGCGUGUAUCUUCCACCGCCUCCAGCUGGUCGUGAAGCCCAUGGUCUUUCUUGCUCUGGAGGUGUGGUAUUGGCUUCACAAGACGGGAAAAUAGUCUGUGAGAACACAUUGGAUGCCAGACUGGAGCUUGUCUUUAGACAGAAAUUACCAGAGAUACGGAAGCGCCUCUUCGGAAAGAUGGAUAUCUGAGUUUCAUGGACCUUUUAAUUUCUUGAUCCGCAAAAGUUCCUUUUCGAUAAUAAGAGACAUUUCUACCAUCUUGAGAAUUACGUAGUUUGGAUAACCAGUCCCUUUAUUAUCAUUGAGAUGAUCUAGCAAAUGAUCAAAGUUGUGUAUUUUUCUUCAGUUACAAAACAUGUAUCAUUUUCUGACGUCUGUGUCCUUAGCCUGCUGGAGAGAUUGGCGACGAAGGUUUUUAUAAUAAUGCGAGGUCUGUGUGCAAGUCCUAGGUUCACUUGUGCUUAUGUCUUGCCUUUUGUGCAUGUUUUUUGGAAUAGGAGUUCUUAUAUGUUAAAGGGCCUUUUGCUGAAAUGUAACCAAAAGUACAAUUUGUGGAAUGGAGAUCUUUGAGAGGUCGGUAUUGUAUCGUAUCA